GCAGGAUGCCCUGGUACUCGCCUGAUCAAAAUCCCUACUGUGUUGUUCAUGUUCAACAGUGGAAACGAAUGACUUACAGACACUAGCCGUGUGGAGAUUUUACGAUUUUGGUAGUUCAUCCAUCUUCAGAAAACUUUAAAAGAGUUGAACCAUGUCGGGGGUUCCAGCGGUGCAGGUGAGCAUCGAGUCGUCCUGCGAAAAGCAGGUGCAGGAGGUGGCCCUCGAUGGAACGGAGACGUACGUACCCCCGCUGUCCAUGUCCCAGAACCUCGCUAAACUCGCGGAGAGGAUCGACUUCGGUCAGGGUUCGGACUCGGAGGGGGACGAGGCGCCAGCGGAGCCCCGAGACCGUGAUUGGUUGAAGCCGGAGCCGGAGGAGGAGGAGGGCACGGUGAAGUUCCAGCCCUCUCUUUGGCCCUGGGACUCGGUGCGUAACAACCUGCGCAGCGCACUGACGGAGAUGUGCGUGCUCUAUGACGUCCUCAGUGUCGUCAAGGUGAAGAGGUACAUGGCCUUGGACCCCGUCUCGCAGGAUCCCUCCGCUGGCAAAAGCCCCCAGGUGUUCCAGCUGAUGAGUAAGAAGAAGUCUCUGGCCACCGCUGCCCAGCUGCUGCUCAAGGGAGCCGAGAAGCUCAACAAGUCCGUGGCGGAGAACCUGGAGAACCGGCGGCAGAGGGACUUCAAUUCUGAGCUGCUGAGACUCCGCUCGCAGUGGAAGCUCCGCAAAGUCGGGGACAAGAUCCUGGGAGACCUCAGCUACAGGAGUGCAGGUUCCUUGUUUCCUCACCAGGGGACCUUUGAGGUGAUCAAGAACACAGACAUUGACCUGGACAAGAAGAUCCCAGAGGACUACUGCCCCCUGGAUGUCCAGAUCCCCAGCGACUUGGAGGGAUCUGCCUACCUCAAAGUGUCCAUCCAGAAACAAGCACCAGACAUAGGAGACCUGGGCACCGUCAACCUCUUCAGGAGGCAGCCCAAAACCAAAGCAGGAACGCAGCCCUGGCACGUGAAGCUGGAAGCAGCUCAGAACGUUCUGCUCUGCAAGGAGAUCUUCGCCCAGCUGUCCCGCGAAGCGGUCCAGAUCAAGUCCCAGAUUCCCCACAUCGUGGUGAAGAACCAGAUCAUUUCACAGCCCUUCCCAGGUCUGCAGCUCUCCAUAUCUCUGUGCCAUUCGACAGGAGAUAAGAAGCCCGUGAAGGGGUCACCAGAGAGACCCAGGCCGGACGACCACCUCUAUGUCCUGGAACACAACCUGCAUCAGCUCAUGAGAGAGUUCCAUAAGCAGCGACUGAGCUCUGUGGUGAUGCCCCACCCGGCCAGCGCCCCCUUUGGUCACAAACGCAUGCGUCUGGCGGGACCACAGGCCUACGACAAGGCGGAGAUCUCCAGCCUCCAGCAGACCCAGGGGCUCCUCGAGAAGAUCAUCAAACAGGCCAAGCACAUCUUCCUCCGUAGCAGGACGGCACGGACCAUUGACAGCCUGGCCAGCCACAUCGAGGACCCCCAGAUCCAGGCGCACUGGUCCAACAUCAACGACGUGUACGAGUCCAGUGUCAAGGUGCUCAUCACCUCCCAGGGCUACGAGCAGAUCUGCAAGUCUAUCCAGCUUCAGCUCAACAUCGGCGUGGAACAGAUCCGAGUGGUGCACCGUGACGGCCGCGUGGUCACACUGUCGCACCAGGAACAGGAACUACAGGACUUCCUUCUAUCACAGAUGUCGCAGCAUCAGGUGCACGCCGUGCAGCAGCUGGCCAAGGUGAUGGGCUGGCACGUGCUGAGCUUCAGUAACCACGUGGGCCUCGGCCCCGUGGAGAGCAUCGGCAACGCCUCCGCCAUCACCGUGGCCUCGGCCAACGGGGAGUACGCCAUCUCGGUGCGCAACGGUCCAGAGAGCGGCUGUAAGGUUCUAGUCCAGUUCCCUCGCAGUCAGAACAAGGACCAGCCCAAGAGCGAGGUGGUCCAGGACACCAAGUGGACCCACCUGAGGGGCGCCUACAAAGAGGUCCACUGGAGCAAGAUGGAGGGACGCAACUUUGUGUACAAGAUGGAGCUUCUCAUGGCCGCGCUCACGCCCUGCCCCUGAAGAUGGCAUCGAACUGACCCCACGUCUUUUUUUAUAUAUGUGUAUAUUCGAGAAAAGAAAAACUACUUUUGUUUGCUAUAUCCCCCAGAUGUGUUCAUUGGGGCACUGCAGAACCUAAAGCAGUUGUCUGUCAACUGCAGAUGUUUAACUGUAGAACUUUUAAUACAAAUAAAGGUCAUAACAGUGAAGGCACUUUGCUCUGGGAUGCCUCAGCUCUUUUUUGUUUUCACAAACACUGAGCUUUUCAUGCAAUAAAACACUUGGGUUAUACUUCAAAUUAUUCAUACCUUA